AUGUUAAAAGUUAUUAUUUUUAUUUUACUUAUAUAUGUGCACAUUGAUUAUAUAACAACAGAUAAAACAAAUAGAAGAGUAAGAAAUGCAAAUGAUGUCCUAAAAAAUGAAAGUCCAACUUACAGUCCAAAAAAAAAAACAAAAGUUAUUUUUUAUAUGGGGGGGCAAGAUCAUGAAGAUGAAGAAAAUGAUAAUAACGCAAAUAGGAAUGUAAAUAAAGGAAAACAAGGCAUGGGUGCCAAUAAAGGAGCCACUGGAGGUACAGGAAAUGAUGAAGGAAAUGCACCAAAUGGACACGAUGAAGGAACAAAUUCAAAUAAAAAUAAUGGAUAUAAUACAGGACAAUUACAAGCAAAUUCCCCAUUACAUUAUGAUAAUUCCAAUAAUAAAAAUGAAUCAAAUAAUGGUCAAAACAAAAUAAAAUAUGAUAAAAUGAAAGAGGAAUAUGAAAAUUUAAAAAAGAAAGAAGAAGAAGAAGCGGAAAGGAUAAAUCGUGAACGAAUGGCUGAUAUGAACAGAGAUAAGAAAGGAAAAAAUAAAAAAUUAAGAUACAAUAGAGAAAAAGAAGAUCCAUAUGACACAGAUUAUGAAUACAUAGAUAAUGUUCCACAUUCUACCAAUUCAAAUGCAAAAAAUAAAACUAAUAGUGGAGUUUAUGAUGAACUGGGUAAUGGGCCGUAUAAUUUAAUUGGAAAGGAAUCUUAUGUUGGACCUAAUGGGAAAACUUACACUCCUUAUGUUGGACCUGAUGGAAAAUUUCAUGGAGCUUAUAUUGGACCUGAUGGAGAUAUUUACGAACCUUAUGUAGAUCCUGAUGGGAAAUUUAAUGGAACCUAUAUUGGACCUGAUGGGAAAACUUACGAACCCUUCGUUGGACCUGAUGGGAAAACUCACGAAUCUUUCGUUGGGCCAGAUGGAAACACCUAUAAACCUUACAUAGAACCUGAUGGGAAAUUUCACGGAUCUUAUAUUGGACCUGAUGGAAAAACUUACGAACCUUAUGUUGAACCAGAUGGGAAGUUUCAUGGAACUUACAUUGGACCUGAUGGGAAAACUUACAAACCCUUCGCUGGGCAUGAUGGGAGAACCCACAAAACUUUUGUUGGGCCUGAUGGCAACACUUACGAAUCUUUUGUCGGUCCUGAUGGGAAUACUUACACACCCCAUAUUGAACCAGAUGGGAAAUUUCAUGGAACUUACAUUGGACCUGAUGGGAAAACUUAUACGCCCCACAUUGAACCCGAUGGUCAAUUUCAUGGAAUCUAUAUUGGGCCUGAUGGGAAAACUUACAAACCCUUUGUCGGAUCUGAUAGUAAAACUCAAGAAUCUUUUGUUGGUCCUGAUGGGAAUACUUACAUCCCCCAUAUUGAACCAGAUGGGAAGUUUCAUGGAACUUACAUUGGACCUGAUGGGAAAACUUAUACGCCCCACAUUGAACCGGAUGGUCAAUUUCAUGGAAAUUAUAUUGGUCCCGAUGGAAAAACUUACAAACCAUUCGUUGGAUCUGAUGGUAAAACUCAUGAAUCUUUUGUCGGUCCUGAUGGGAAUACUUAUACACCCCGUAUUGAACAGGAUGGUAAAUUUCAUGGAAAUUAUAUUGGACCUGAUGGAAAAACAUACACACCUCAUGUUGAGCCAGAUGGUAAAUUUCAUGGAACCUAUAUUGGGCCUGAUGGGAAAACGUACAAACCCUUUGUCGGAUCUGAUAGUAAAACUCAAGAAUCUUUUGUUGGUCCUGAUGGGAAUACUUACACACCCCAUAUUGAACCAGAUGGGAAAUUUCAUGGAACUUACAUUGGACCUGAUGGGAAAACUUAUACGCCCCACAUUGAACCCGAUGGUCAAUUUCAUGGAAAUUAUAUUGGUCCCGAUGGAAAAACGUACAAACCCUUCGUUGGACCUGAUGGGAAAACUCACGAAUCUUUCGUUGGGCCAGAUGGAAACACUUAUAAACCUUACAUAGAACCUGAUGGGAAAUUUCAUGGAUCUUAUAUUGGACCUGAUGGGAAAACUUACACACCUCAUAUUGAACAGGAUGGUAAAUUUCAUGGAAAUUAUAUUGGACCUGAUGGAAAAACAUACAAACCCUUCGUUGAGCCUGAUGAGAAAAUAUACAAACCAUACUUUGGACCUAAGGGUAAAACAUAUGAAUCCUUUGUCGGUCCUGAUGGAAAUACGUAUACACCCCAUAUUGAAGCUGAUGGAAAAUUUCACGGAAAUUAUAUUGGACCCGAUGGAAAAAUAUAUACACCCCAGAUUGAACUUGAUGGAAAAUUUCAUGGAAAUUAUAUUGGACCCGAUGGAAAAACUUACCAACCCUUCGUUGGACCUGAUGGUCAAAUUCAUGAAUCUUUCGUUGGUCCAGAUGGAAACACUUAUGAAACUUACAUAGAACCUGAUGGGAAAUUUCACGGAUCUUAUAUUGGACCUGAUGGGAAAACUUUCACACCUCAAAUUGAACCUGAUGGAAAAUUUCACGGAAAUUAUAUUGGACCAGAUGGGAAUGCAUACAAACUUUUUGUUGGUCCUGAUGGUAAGUCCUAUGUGCCUUAUAAUGGUUCUGAGGGUAAAGGAGAACAUGAUGGACCACAUUAUGGAGGGGGUCCUCAAGGGAACAAAGAUGAUGGAACAACCUACUCUUUAAAUCAUGGUGCACAAGGGAAUGGAAAAAAUGGAGGUGCUUACCCAGGGAAAAAAGGUCCACUGAGUGAUUAUCUUCAUGAUUUAAGACCUGUUAACGAAGGUGAAGGUACGUAUGGAAAAGGAUAUAAUCCAUUGGUAUAUACUGUACAGCAGGGAGAUGGACAAAAUGUAAAACCUCAUGACAAAAGACCAAAUGAAAUUAGUUCUGAUAAUGGAAAAAAUGUAUACGAUAAUACACCAAAUAAAAAAAAAGUAUAUAAAAAACCUAGUCAAAGACGUAGAAGUAAUCCUUUUCCCCAAAAUUCUGAUGAUAAUUCAAGUGACACUGAAUACGAGUUAAAUGAAGGAGAUUAUAAUCGAUCAAAACCAGGAAACAAAACGUAUAUAUCAUCAGAUCAUGAUGAAAACGGGCAUCCAAAUGAAACUGAUAAUUAUAGAGAUCCUAGAUUAACAGGAAUGGGAAUAGGUGAUAAUGGAAUUCCAGGUAGAGGAAACACAGAUAAUAUGUAUGGAGGAAAUCCUAUUCAUAUAUUGCAUGAUAAUAGUCAUGCUAAAAAAAGAGCUAACGAAAUUGAGGAUAAUCUAAAUAAAGGAGAAUAUUCAAGAGAUAAAGUAGGCAAUAAAAAUAAGGGUUCUGGAGGUAACAACAAAAAUGAUACAGACGAUUUAGACGAUCCUUCAAUUCUAUAUUAUUUAGAUAAUGGACAAGAUAUGUCCAUAAAAGAAAAAUUGCUUAAUUCUAAUGGAGAAGAUUAUCAAACAGAAGAUGGUUUAAAUGACAACGACUAUGCAAAUAGAAAACCUGUAAAUUACCAUUUCUCAAAUUAUAUGAAUUUUGAUAAAAAAGAAAUUUUGGGCUCAAAUGAGAUCGAAUUAGAAAAAAUGAUUGGAACUAAAUUUUCUAAAGAAGUAGAAAAUUAUUGUCGUCAAGAUAAUUCAGUACAAAAAGAAGGAGACUAUCUUAAUACUGCUUUUGAAUAUGCGAGAGCUUUAGAAGAAUUAAGGGGUGAAAUGCUAGUAGAAUUAAAUAGACAAAAAUAUUUAGGACUUAAUAAUUUUAACAACAUUUUACAGUCAAUUAAUAAUUCAUUAAAUAGAAAAAACUUAAAUGGUAAUAGAGAUGUGUAUGAAGAUAAAAGUUUUAUUAAUGAAGCAAAUGCUUUUAGAAAUGAAAAUAUAAAUCCGUUAAGUGCUAAGUAUAACAAAAUUAUGAAACAAUAUCUCUGUCACGUAUUUGUAAAAAAUCCAGGCACUAAUCAAUUAGAAAGAUUAUACUUUCAUAAUUUAGCCUUGGGAGAACUUAUACAACCAAUAAGAACAAAAUAUAGCAAGUUAGCUUCCUCUUCUAUUGGUUUGAAUUACGAAAUAUAUAUAGUAUCUUCUUCCAAUGUAUAUAUGUUAGGUCAUAUGUUACUCUUAUCUUUGGCAUACCUUUCGUUUAACAAUUUUUUUGUUAAAGGAUUGAAAUCCUUUUAUUCAUUACAAACAAUGAUAAUGGCUAAUUCUGAUUACUCUUUCUUUAUGUUUAAUGAAAUGUGCAAUAUUUAUUAUAAUCCAAGCAAAAAAUUUGAAAAAGACAUAACGUUUAUUCCCCUCGAAUCAAGACCAGGAAGAACUACUACGUCCAUGGGUGAACGUAAAACCAUAUGUGACUUACUAGAAUUAGUACUAAAUGUUUUCAGCCUAAUAAAUAUUCACGAAAUAGAUAAUGUUUUUAAUAAAAAUAAUGUUAAUGGAUAUGAAAAUUCUUUAUCCUUUUCAUUUAAUGCAAUAAGAAUAUUUUCACAAGUUUGCCCAAGGGAUGAUACAGAAAACGCAUUAAAAUGUAACUUUGAAAAAUCUAAAUUAUAUAAUUCAAGGAUUUUGAAAAAGGAUAUUGGACAAAAAGAAAAUCAAAAGAGUUUGAAAAGAGCUUUUGAUCUGUUAAGAAUUUUUGCUGAAAUAGAGAAUACAUCUUCAACAAAUGAACCAAAUCCUCAUUAUAUAAAACUCAUUUUUAAUCAGAAUGAAUAUGUGGACUUUUACAAAUUCUUUUUCUGGUAUGAGACUAGAGAACUUGUAUAUGUACCAGGAACAAGUGCAAAUAAAAAAAAAAAAAGAAAAAAAAACUAUAUAUUUGAUCAAUUUAUGAUGAGAGGUCAACAGUUAAAAAAGAAACUACUUAAAAUGGAUGCUAAAUACAAUAUAAAGAGUAAAGCAUUGCCAGCCUUUUAUGCAUUAGUUGACAGAUAUAACACUAUUUCUUCUAAGAGUCAAAAGGCGAGGAAAUUAUUUUUAAAUGAUGUGUCUAGUGCUCGUCAUUAUUUUUAUUUAAAUAGCAUAUUAUCAAAAUCGCCUAAAUCUAAUUUAGAAUCCAUAAAAAAGGCAUUAAUAGAAUUACAAACAUUAACAAAUUCUCCAUUAAAAUUUAUGGCUAGAGGAAAUAAUAUAGAAUAUUUAAAUCAAAUAGCUAAAAAUGAAAAUUUAUUCUAUGUAAAUUUAUUCAUAAUCUCCGCUUUUGCAAGGAAAGAUCCUGUUAGAAGUUAUUAUAGUGACAAAAGGAAAAUGCUUUCAGCAACGCUUUCUGAAAAAUUUGCAACGUCAACAUCUGCUUUUAUUCCUCAUAAGCUUAGAAAACUUGUAGUUGGAAUGAAAAAAGGAUUUCUAAAGAGGAAAUUACUUACUAAAUUGGCUAUGAUGAAACUGUUGCAACAUAUCCCUUCACACAUACUGGAAAAUAUUAUCACGACUAUCCGUUUCACAACACAUAGUAUAGCAUCUAUGCAGAUUAUUCAAAACGCCAGAUUUGUUCCAAGAAGUGUAAGUGCAAAUGAUAAACUCAAUAGUCAAUUUGCAAAAGAUAUAUUUACUGAGGGUGGAUUUGUAGGGUACGCUGAUAAUUUAAUGUCUGCAUGGUUUUCAAAAGGUUUUGAAGAAUAUAAAAAGGAGAAAAUUGAGAAUCAAAAGAUGGAAACUUCGAUUCAAAAUUAUCUUAAGGAUUAUUCAAAUGAAUAUGAUAAUUCCAAUGAAGAGAUGACAGAUAAGGAAAAAUUAAUAAAAGAAUUAAAUGAAGAAAAUGAAAAAGUACAAGCACAAAAACAAGAAAAUAAACUCAUCCUUAAUCAAAAUGAUAAAUGGGAUCAUUAUAUAAAUAAAGAAUAUGCAAGAGCUUUACGGCUAUGGCUAGAAUUGAAUGAUGCUCCACACCAAAAGAAUAGUGUUGUUUAUAAAGUUGUAGAAGACAGUAAAUACUUAUUAGAAAAUAAUAUUGAGGAAAAUAUCAUAUUUUCAAGAACAGUUAAAGCAACUAAGCAAACUGUAUUUAGAAAAUUUUUCAAUAAAAUUGUUUCUCUUGGAAAUAUGCUUUUACGAAAACCUAGUUUUAAAGUCGAGCAUGCAUUAUGGUUUGGUGCAACUAUUGAUAUAAAAAAGGCAUUUGUUAUAUUAGAAAAAGUAAGUGAAUUGCAUAAAUUAAUUCGUGAUCAGGAUGAAUCAUGGUUAAUUAAUGAGGCUUUUAUUGAAAUCGUUGAUCAUGUAAUUCAAGUAAGUACAGAGAAACAUUUAAGAGAGCCAUUCAGUGUAGUUAGAAAUCCAGGUAUGAUGGCUAUUAAUCCAAAUUAUAAUUAUAUACCACAUGAAGAUAGACUUAAAGAACUUCAAAAUUCCAUGUGUGCUGAUCAUUGUUCUGCAGUAUGGAAAAUGAUUUCUUCUUUUGCUUUACAGCAUUUGAAAAAUCCUGAUAGUUUACAAACUUAUGAAGUAAAAUUUUCGAGCAAUUCACUUGGAAACAAAAUUGAUGAUAAAGAUUUUGUUAACAAUUUUAAAAUGAUUAUUGGAGGUGAUGCUGUGUUACAUUAUUUUGACAAUUUACUUCCUAAAUCAAUGAAGAAAGAAUUAAAAGCUAUGAAAUAUGGAGCAUCUUUAACAUCUGCAUUUUCACUUAAGUUAACGAAAGUUAUUUUUAGUGAAAUGCAGUUGCCUUAUUUAAGUAAAAUGUUUUAUAUGCAAGCCCCUUAUUUUGGUAAUUUCAUAGGAAAAUGGCAAAAGGAAAGAGAAAAAAGUAGGAUGAAAGAAUUAUUAGGUUUUAUGACCUUAGGAACAUUAUCUGCAUACACUAUUUUAAGUGCCAUGGAUAUAACUCAACAUGCGACAGAUAUAGGAGUAGGACCUGCUACAAGUUGUUAUACAUCUACUAUACCACCACCAAAGCAAGUGUGUAUACAACAAGUAGUAAAAGCUACGUUGACUAACUCAACUGAAGCUUGCAUGAAGAGCGUUUUCUCUGUUGGACUCUUUGCAUCAAUCGGUCCAUAUUUAUUCGCUCCUAUGGCUGGUUUAGCAUUAUGGAAUGUUUUAAAAUCAGAAUUCAAAGUUUUACAAAGAAUUGAUAUGGCCCUCAAAGGAGUUUUUAAAUCCAUGUGGAAAAAAUUUUUAUCCCUAUCAGCAAUUCGCAGAUUAAAAGGUAUUUUUAAAAGAAGGAAAGCUAUGAAAAAGAAACUUAUAGAAAAUGCUGAACAUAAAAUGAUGGAAAUGAAAAAUAAUCCCAACAAAGUCAAAGAUCAUAAAAUGGCUAUAAAGAAAAUACAUAACCAAUCAAAAGGUGGUUAUAACUAUAUAUCCUAUGCUAGAAUAAAGAUAUGA